AUGUCUGAUACAACGUGCCCUGCCUGCAAUAAAAAGCUUGCAUUGAUUACUGGUUACAACCUGCACCUUGCAAAAACAACCAAUCCUGCUUGCCAUGCUCUCUACCUUUCCUCACAGCAAUUUCAUGCAAGUUCGCCUGCUCCAGACACAAAUCAGUCGCCACUGCCACACUUUGAAGGAGAUUUCUUUGGGACAUACACUGCUGAUCAACUUGAGUGGCCAGUGGAGUUUGAUGACGGGAGAGAGAUGGGUGAUGCACCUGUGGAUGGAGAGGACUUGGAUGGCAAUGAAGAGGGCUUAGAUGGUCCCAGCUCAACAGCAUUCUUGAAACUCAUCUCUAUUGAAGAUCUUAGUGAUAAAAUUGGUCUCACCUUUAAGAAUUCACGCGAAUUGGACAAGAUCAUCAACAAUGAACUUCCGUGUCAUCCGAAAUUCAAAUGUGAGCAGAUCGUUGUUGCAAAUGAAGCAUUCAAUGUCUAUUAUCAUGAUAUAAUUGAGUGUAUCAAAGCUCUGUUCAGUGACCCAAGGUUCGCCGACUUCCUCGUCUUUGCACCCGAACACCACUAUGCCGACGAAGACGAGACAGUUCAUCUAUAUCAUGAGAUGCAUACAGGUAAAUGGUGGUGGAACAGUCAGAAAAGCCUCGACCAGGAGCGCCCUGGUGCAACGAUAAUUCCUGUCAUUAUUUCAUCAGACAAGACUCAAGAGAUCCUUUGGAAACCAUCAUGCCAGGCACACAUCCUUCUUGCCUACCUCCCAACUACCCACCUUGAACAAGUCACCAACAAAGCCUCUUGCCAUCGCAUGCUCACCAACAUCUACCAUGCAUGUGUAGGACGCGUGCUUUCUCCACUUACUGCUGCGGGGAUCAAUGGAAUCAAUAUAUGCCAUCCCCUGUUUGCGUGCUUUGCUGGAGACUAUCCAGAGCAGGUGUUAGCUACUGGAGUCAAGACUAGUCAAUGUCCGAGCUGCGAUGUUCCCCCAGAUGAGCUUGGUCUAGCAGCAGGUGCUGCAAACUGUCGACCACGAGACUUGAACGCCAUGCUUAAUGCCCUCCGAGCUUUUGAUGAAGAUGGAUUGGCCUUUGUUCGCGCAUGUGUGGAAGCUGGCAUCAAGCCCAUUGUUCAUCCAUUCUUGGAGGGACUACCAUUUGCCAAUGUAUUUGAAUCUAUCACCCCUGAUGUUCUGCAUCAAUUGUACCAAGGACUUGGUAUCACGACUCUUUCCCAUGUGAGUGGCACGGAACACAACCAAAUUUGCCGUUUCUUGCUUGGGAUUAUCAUCGACAUCAGACUACCUGAUAACAUGUCUUCCGCUCGGCUCCUCCAUGCCGUUCGUGGCUUAUUAGAUUUUUUAUACCUCGCACAAUACCCAUGUCAUAGUUCCGAGACAUUGACUUGUCUAGACGAGGCACUCAAUCUCUUCCAUGACAACAAGGACAUUUUUGUCAACCUUGGCAUCCAGAAUUCAUUCAACCUACCCAAACUCCAUUUCGCACUUCACUACACCCACAUGAUUCAGAUCACAGAAUACACUGAACAUGCAUAUCGCUCCACAAACCACAAGAACAAGUUUGCGCAAAUGAUGACCUGGUUAGAAUGGAGGGAAAAAAUCUUUUGCCACGAGAAAUAUAUUCAAUGGAGACUCCUUUCAGGCAGCACACCUCACCCACCGCAUUAUCACCUCUGUCCCCCAGAAAUGUCAUUUUGUUGUACCCAGACGAUGACAAAGCAUCCUAGCGUCAAGGCAGUCACAUUGGACAAGGUUGUGAAUGAAUAUGGCGCUACAUACUUUUGCGAAUCUCUUGCACACUAUGUAAAAUGGGUCUCUGUUGAUGUUCAUGGCCAUGGUGAUCUUCCAGUCACAGUUGAUAGUGUGCAUGCACGUCCUGGAUGUUCAAGACCAUUUGCUUCAGACAGUGUUGCAUCUCAAUUCGAUACUGCGUUCAUCAAUGAUGGUACAGGAUAUCGAAUCGGACAGGUCCCUGUCUCUAUGCUCUUUCCAUCAACAUUCCAGCCUCCAAAACACUUAGCCUAUGUCCGAAAUACGGGAUAUGACAAUGUGGAAUGGUUCACUGCUUUCCGUGAACUGGACUGCGAUCAUGGCUUGCACAAAGUCCCUCGCAUAAUUAAAAAUGGAGAACGAAUGGCCAGCAUCAUUCCAAUCAACAACAUUCAUUGCAAUUCCGCGUUUUGGCCCUAUUGCUCCUCAUGA